UUCCUGCACUCGGCCGAAUUAAUUUCUAGCGAGAUCCCUUAAAUUCUAAUUCAGUGCACAUAUUAAACUCGAAUCAACGUAGUUUUCUCUGAAGUUAUCCUGCAUCUGUCCAUUUCGACUUGCAUCAGAAGAAAAUCCACAAAGUCGCGACUCAAAUCGACAAAUAUAACCAGAACUCAUACACAAAGGAAAACACCAUAGGUUACCGUCUUCCACAAUUUUGACCAUUUGCUAAACCAACACCAACAGGGACGAAGCAAUUCGUCGUCUUAACGAAAGACCAAGAAAGAAGAAACGACAACAAAGUUAUACGACGCCAUCAGUAUUAAGUUAGCAGCUGUCCUUUUUUUAUCGGUUUUUUCCGUCAGCACCAGGGAUUAAUAAAUUGAGGUAGAACAUCAAAGAAGCAAAUAACAUUAUCUUAUUAUCGACCACUAGAUUGAAAAGAAAAACGUAGAGCUUUUACCCUUUGGAUUAUCUUUAUCAAACGCACGAAACUUGUUCUUCUCACGGGCACCACCUUCGGCUUCCUUUUCGUUCUCGGGGCGGCUACCUUCGUGUGGGAUUCUUUGAUCACACGAAUCUCCGACACGGUAUUGCUUUGUUUUAUUGUUGCAAUCGCUAUUUUUACCGCAGGUGCACUGUGCAGCUACGCAGACAAAGUCUGGCAAGAAGAAGAACGUGUUGUUCCUUACAGUUUGCAGAUUCAUCUCGGGCACUAACCACCGUGAAUGUGAAAGAGAAACGUUACAGAUUUCAGGAAGGAGAAGGACUAUCCCGGUGGACAAAAUUAAUCAGAUAAACUUAAACGCACCACGAAACAACACCACAGAUGGCCGAAACUGGCGAUCGGUCGGGCCGCAGUACGAAGGCCAAGAUGCGGGACGUGGUCGGCAUGAGCCAGGUUCCGGGUGUCGAGCUAAACCACCCAGUUUCCAAACUCCCGACCAGGGGAGCAAAAACCGGGUGCAAACUGGAAGAUUACCACCCCCUUGCCGUCAUUGGGAAAGGAAGUUAUGGAAAGGUAUUGUCCUCGUCGUGGUCCUGGUUGUAAGUAGUGCUACUGCGUUUUCAAUUUUUUUUUUUUCUGACGAUCUUGUUAAUCAGGUGAUCCCAUGAUAGCCAUGGUCCGACCAGUAUUAGAGGCGCUUUGGCUUUCGAGAAUAAAUAUAUGAAUAUCAUGAUCUUCCCUUGGGGUUCUUCUUCAUCUUCUUCGGGCACAAUACAGCUGCUGGGAUUUUUUCAGGAAGGAGCCGCAAAAAAGAUCCUGCUAUUCUUACCUUUGUAAAAUUGUUUGACUUGUUCCAUCUUCACAGGUCCUGCUCGUCCGAGCUAAAUUUGGUCCGCAACGGACGUUCGCCAUGAAGGUGUUGCGGAAGGACAACAUUAUGAAGCGGAACCAGGUGAUCCACACCCAGACCGAGCGGAAAGUGUUGGACAAAGUCUGCCACCCCUUUAUCGUGCACCUGCACUUCGCUUUCCAAAACACCCGGAAGCUGUACUUCGUUUUGGAGUACUGCCCUGGGGGAGAGCUCUUUUUCCACCUUCAGCAGGUCGGCAGGUUUUCGGAAAGCCGGUAUAGAUGCUUGAUUUUUUUUUGCGAGUAGUUGUAGAACUGUCUUGUUCUCUGGGCUGGAGAGUAUCCCUUGGUGAGCAACAGGCCUCCUUUAUUUACCUGUAUGCGCCAGCAGCAGCAAGUGAGUGUACCUAGUUGAUAUUUUUCUUCUUCUUGCCGCAGACUACAUCACCGAAGACUCACUUUCAUUUCACCUUCAAAACAGGACUCGGUUCUACGGUGCUGAGAUCACGCUUGCGCUGGAGCACUUGCACCAGAUGAAUACGAUCUACCGGGACCUGAAGCCGGAGAACGUGCUUCUCGACAGCCACGGCCACGUGAAGAUUACGGAUUUUGGCUUGUCCAAGGAGGGGGUGACGGACAACUAUUCCGCCAAGUCGAUGUGCGGCACGCCGGAGUACCUGGCUCCGGAAAUUCUGACCGGAUCGGGUACAGUUUUUUUCGUUUUCACAGAAUAUCGUAGUAGUAGACAAGUAGCAGGAUCAAAAAUCAGUAUGAAGUGUGAAUAUCAUAUGGGACCUCUCGUCGCCUCACAUUCCGCUUCCGGCACCGCGUACAAAAAAAUGUUUGAUUUUACGUACAACUUGUCCCCAUUAUCAUAUUUAAUACUACAGGUCAUGGCAAAGCUGUCGACUGGUACUCACUCGGCGCUCUUUGCUACGAGAUGAUGACGGGCCUCCCCCCCUACUACUCGCGGGACCGCGACGAGCUGUUCGCGGCCAUCCGGCGGGCACGGUUGACGGUGCCGACGUUUAUCAAGCCCCCGGCGCGCGACUUCCUCCGCCAGCUGCUGCACCCCAACCAGCAGUGGCGGUUGGGCGCCGGCGACCGGGACGCGGACGACGUGAAGCGGCACGCGUUUUUCCAGGGGCUGGACUUUCAGAAAGUCUACAACAAGCGGUACCGGGCGCCCUUCGUGCCGCACGUGCAGCACCAGGAAGACGUGAAGAACUUCGACAAGGAGUUCAUUGCCAUGGACAUGACGCGGUCGGACGUGCAGUGCGACGACGACAACGAGGACCUGAUCCAUUUCAACCACUUCUCCUACGUGGAGGGCGGUCUCGGCUCCUCGGGCUCGCAAGGUCUCGGCUCGGGCGAGCCGCGCAGCAGCGGCCGCCCGUCCGGGAGGGUCAGCAACAACAGCGGGAUGCACAACAGAACUGUCGGCGGCGUCGUUGCUGCUGGGGAAAUUGUCAGUACUCAUAACAGUACCUCUGGGCACCACCAGCAGCAGCUGCAUUCUGGGACAAGCUCUACCCUCCGCACGUCGGAGCGAAACAGCCAGGUGCGGCAGUUGACGGAGCAGCAGCGGGCACAGUUCGCGGACUUCGGCGACUACAGUGCUGGAGAUGUUGUUGGCGGGAGCAAGCACAAUCAUGAUCGUGGUGACCACAACAUGGGGACCACCAGCCCCGUGGUUGCCGCGGCGGCGCACCAUCCGCAUCCGCAUCAAAACUCGGGCAAUAGAGCUUUAGGCACCGCGACGCAUAAUUACCACCACCAAAGAGCAGGUCAACAACAACAACAACAGCCCGGUAGUUCAACAUCCAGUCCUCAGGCAUACCACUCUUGCAGCUCCCCAGGAGGCGACCGGUCCCCCGUCAGCACGCACGCGGGGUCAGACUGCUCGGACAGCCCCGGUCCGGCGGUCGCGGGCACGCCUCCUGGUUCAAAGGGAGGCGUCGGCGCGACAGUUCUGCCAGGUGGUAAAAACAACCACGGACAACAUCAGCACCAUGUUAUGGGUCAACAACACGGGCAGCACCAGCAGGUUCCCUAUCACGGACAACAUCGUGGUCCAAAUCAGCAAGUCGCACACCAUCCCCAACACCACCAGCACCAUCCCCAGCACCACCAGCACCAUCCCCAGCAACAAGAGCCGAUGAUGUAUUCCCCCCAGCAGCAGCAGCAGCAGCAGGUCAGCAACAACCUGGAGCAACAGUACGCGAACGUGCAGUACGCUGCGCACCAGAAUCACUACCAGCGAGGCUUGAAGGAGGACACCCGGCAGCAACUACUUCGCGGCGACAUGAUGCGACAGAACCAAGGCGCACCAGCAGGAGGAGCGCCGCAGAGCACCGGCAGCAAUGGGUCCGGGGGCAACAAGGGGGCACCCGCAAGCUCGGCGCUCGGCAGUUACACCUCCGGGAUGGGCUCCGCUUCUGCAGCCGGAGGUGUUCACGGGAAAGGUCAACAGCAAUUUGCACCAGUUGCAUCUUCUCACAACAACAUCCCGGUGGCGCAUCCAAUGUAUGCACAGCCACAAAGUUCGAAUUCCAGCUCGUCUCCGCGAAGUAGGCAGAACGUGAAUCACUCUCGCCAACAGCCCCUCGCGCCGCACCACCGGCAGGAACUGCAUCUGGCGGACCAUUUGGGUGUCAGCACGACAGCUCCUGCGAACAGCAUGAAUACACCAAGAAGUCAUCAACAUCAGCAGCAGCAGCAGCAGCCGCGAGUAUCAUCUCAGCAACAGCAGAUGCUGUAUCCGACUUCUUCUCAGACGUCCUCGGGAGGCCAUGGCCAACAACUUGGCCAACAACAGUACACCCAUCAGAUGCAACAAAUGUACCACAACUCUACGGCUCCUGCAGUGCAUCAGCAAAAUACAGCCCGGAUGUUGAAUUCUCCCCGCAACACAAACGCCCAGCAGAUGCAGAUGCAGCAGCAGCAGCACUCCAUCCAGCAUCAGCAACCAACCUCGGUCGCUUCUUCUCGUUCCUCACACGGGCAGCAAAGCUACAACUACGUGGUCCCAGUGCCGCAACCUAACAGCGCCGGCAGUCCUCCUUCAGGAGACAUGAUGCGAGGGGGAGUUGGCUCAGUAUGA